AUGGCCGAUCCCGUUUUCACUACCAAGAGACUUAAUUCCUUGGCCUUUGAGAUGCAGCGCAAAGCGUCUUUCUCCAAGAUCCAUAACAUACAAGGAAGGGUAGCCGGGCUUGAUUUGGAUGAGGCUAAUGGAGUAGUGCCGGAAAAUCAGCAGAUGCUGUGGAGCAUGAUGGAGAAGCACAUCGGCUCAGAUAUAAAGACUAUCCAAAGAUCCGUAGUUAGUCAUGUUGAGUACACAUUGGCUCGAAACCGUUUUAAUGUAGAUGAAGAAUCAUUCUAUCGAGCUACAGCCUACAGCAUUAGAGAUCGUUUGGUGGAGUUAUUGAACGAUACAAAUCAGUAUUUCGCUCGACGGGAUCCUAAAAGAUGCUACUACUUAUCCCUGGAGUUUUUGGUAGGGAGAGCGAUGCAAAAUGCUCUAGUUAACCUGGACAUUGAGGAGCAGUACAGAAAGGCGUUAGGGGAUCUUGGGUACAAGUUGGAGGCAUUGUACGAGUAUGAGCACGAUGCUGCUCUUGGCAACGGAGGGCUGGGACGUCUUGCAGCCUGCUUCCUUGACUCUAUGGCUACUUUGAAUUACGCGUGCUGGGGUUAUGGUAUUCGUUAUACUUAUGGUAUCUUUGAGCAGAAGAUCGUGAAUGGCUGGCAGUGUGAGUACCCUGACUACUGGCUUAUUCAGGACAACCCCUGGGAAGUUAUCCGCCACGACGUCACUUACGCUGUCCGUUUCGGCGGCUAUGUGAAGAACUACUCCGAUGAGCUCGGCCGCUUCCGUCAGAAGUGGGUCGGCGGUCAGAUUGUGCAAGCGGUUGCCUAUGAUAACCCCAUCCCCGGCUUCGACACCUUCAACUGCAUCAACUUGCGUCUGUGGAAGGCUGCCCCGUCAAAGGAGUUCGACUUUGACUCAUUUAACGCGGGCAAGUACAUGGAGGCCAUCAAGGACCGUCAGGACGCUGAGUCCAUCAGCUCGGUGUUGUACCCGAACGACAACAUGCCGGAAGGCAAGGAAUUGCGUCUGAAGCAGCAGUACUUCUUCGUGUGCGCCACGAUCCAAGACGUGCUCCGUCGCUUCAAGAAGAAGGAGAACCGUGACUGGCGCGACCUGCCGAAAAAGGUGGCGAUUCAACUGAACGACACGCACCCGACUAUCGGCAUUCCCGAAUUGAUUCGUAUCCUCGUCGACGUGGAGGGCCUGGAAUGGGAUCUGGCUGUCAGCCUUACACGCCGUGUAUUCAACUACACUAAUCACACUGUGUUGCCCGAGGCUCUGGAGAAGUGGAACGCGGACCUCUUUGCUAAAUUGCUGCCUAGGCACCUGUUAAUCAUCAACGAACUCAACCACCGCUUCCUACAGGACGUGCGCGGCCUGUGGGGCGAUGACUAUCAGAAGGUGUCCAAGGUUUCGAUUUACGAGGAAGCAUUCGGCAGCAAGUUCAUCCGUAUGGCGAACCUGGCUGUGUUGGGUAGCCGCAGAGUGAAUGGUGUAGCGGCACUGCACAGUGAGUUGGUCGUUCGAGACUUGUUCCCGGAGUUCGAUGAGUUCUACCGCAGCAAGGGUGAGGAGAAGUUCCUGAACAUCACGAAUGGCGUAACACCUCGUCGGUGGAUCCACAACGCAAACCGACCAUUGUCCAAUUUGAUUAGUACGUGGUUGGGCAGCGAUGCGUGGUUAAAGAAGUUGGAGCUAAUGGAGGGUCUGUUGAGUCACAUUGAAAACCCGGAGCUGGUUGAGGAAUGGGCUAAGGUGAAGCUGCAGAACAAGGAGCGUCUGGUGCGAUGGAUCAAGUUGCACGGCGGACCGUCGGUGAACCCCGAGGGUACGUUGUUCGACGUUCAGGUCAAGCGCAUUCACGAGUACAAGAGACAACACCUGAACGUGUUCUAUUUGAUUCACCGCUACCUGACGAUCAAAGAUAUGUCGCCUGAGCAGAGACGUGGCGUGGUGCCUCGUUUGAGCAUGAUCGGAGGCAAGGCUGCGCCGGGCUACGCGACGGCCAAGACCAUUGUCAAGAUGAUUAACUGCGUGGGCGACUUAGUGAACAAUGACCCUGACGUCUCGCCGUACUUCAAGGUGUUCUUCCUGCCCAACUACAAUGUCUCCUCGGCGGCCGUGAUCAUUCCAGCCUCCGACAUCAAUCAGCAGAUCUCAACAGCCGGUAUGGAGGCGUCCGGCACAUCGAACAUGAAGUUUGUUAUGAACGGCUCGCUUAUCAUCGGCACCAUGGACGGCGCGACGGUGGAGAUCGUAGCGGAGGGUGGCGAAGACACAGCCUUUAUCUUCGGCGCACUUGAACGCGACGUGAACAGAAUCAGACAGGACGCCCGUGACGGUCGAUAUCGUAUCGAUGGCCGGCUGCAGCGUGUAUUCGACUUCGUAAAGUCAGGUGCCGUUGCGAGAGGCGAUCACAAUGCGCAAUCACAGUUUUGUGAACUCGUUGAUCGUCUUCGGAACAAUGGCUACGGACAUAACGGAGACUUCUACCUUGUCGCGCACGAUUUCCCAUCCUACGUCGAGGCUAACGAACGCGUCGAUCGGGAGUACCGCGACGCGCGUAACUGGUGCAAGAAGACCAUCGAGGCCGCUGCCAAGAUGGGCAAAUUCAGCACCGACCGAACCAUUAACGACUAUGCCAACAAGGUCUGGGAACUAAGCGAGUGCGAAGUUGUCGGGCCAACACCCGAACAAAUUAGACGACUGACCACCGUACCCAACAUCGGCCAAACCACUACCGCCUCCAGUCAUGAGCCCGUCUCUAAGGCCACCGACGUAGCACCCGCAUUUCAGAAUGAGAACUGCAUAGCUAAUUAG